AUGCGUAUGCUGCUUGUACUGCUAUUCAUGGCGGUCACUCUGGUCGCCAUUGCGGAAGCUUCGUUGGUGACUACGGAGUCCGAGGUGGUGCAACCCAAUGCCCCAUUUGAUCGUCUGCUCACGAGUGACAGCGAAACGAAGAGAUCGCUCCGAACGGAGAAGUUUGCGGAAGAAGAAGACGACAGCGAAGAGAGGGCGAAUCUCAACUUCGUCACCAAUACUAGUAUCAAGAACUGGUUCAAGCCGAAACAGGCCUCGAAGGCAUCGUCGAAGGUUGCGCCGCUAGUCGCGUCUCCACGGGGUCAGCGGCUCCAGGCUCAGCUCGACGAGUUGGUCAGCGGUGCGAAAUCUACGGACGACAUUUUUUCGCUGUUGAAACUUGAUAAGGCAGGCGCGAAGCUGUUCGAAGGCACGAGUCUGCCAACUUAUGUCCGGUACAGUGAGCUCAUGAGCAAGAAAGCGGGGAAAAUGGACGACAUCUACGGCCUGGAGACGCUCCUGAAUCACUACGACGAAAAAGAUCUGAUGCUGCUGAUUAAUGGCGCGUUAAAGAGCAACGAUAACCCCACGAAGACCGCAGCAGAGCAAUGGCGGGUUGGACAACGCACCUACUGGCUGAACAAUCGUGAAGAUCCUCAAACGGUCUUCAAACUGCUGGGUGGGCAAGAAGAUCACCGACACCAACAGGGAGACCUGGAGAACGUACCUUGGCGAAUUCAACAAGAAAUACAUCACGAAUGCCGCGUAAGCGCAUGA